UUCAGCUUUUUACAUCUGCAAGCAUUUAAGUUGGCCUCUUCCUCCAUUGGAACCCAAGAUCACAAAAAAGAGAAGAAAAGCUUCCCCACCCGAGUCAGCCAGUCCCCCCAAGAAACAGCCCUCUCCCAAGUCAAUACAACAACACUUCCCAUAGAAAGGAAACAUAAAUUUGUGUUCCCCCUUUGUCUGCUUGAAGCCCUCUUGGAUUGGUUGGGAGGGUAGCCUCUGCAUUGGUAUCAGGGGACGUUGUCUCUGUCCCUUCCACAGGAAGCAGCCCUGCUACUCGGCCUCGAUAUAAAUACGAGCCUGAAGCUGCCCCCGUCAACGCGCAGGGCCAAGAAUGGGUGGAGAGCUUAGAAUCAGAGUCUUCUUCAUCCUCUCUGUCAUUCUUGUUCUAUCUACAUCAGAUGGGUCGCUGCUUCUGAACGUUAAAGGUGGGACCGCCGGAAGCUUGGGGCAGAGGAGGAUGGUGGUGGGUUCGAGGCCGCCAGGGUGUGUAAACAAGUGCUUGAGUUGCAGACCGUGCAUUGCGACUCUGGUGAUCACGGGACGCAAGAAAUUUGCCCAGGAAAGAGGGUUCAGGGCAAGCGCGAGGACUCAGAGUAGUGAUGGAGACGACCACGGCGGCUACUACCUUCUUUCUUGGAAGUGCAGAUGUGGAGAUAAGAUCUUCCAGCCAUGAGAGAGUAUUCAUCAUCAGCAUAGUAUGGCUGCUAACGGUUUCGGUGUAGGUUAGUGCGAAGAUCAUCUGGUGACAUACCUGUAGUCUUGUCUGUCAUUAACUUUCUGUAAAGGUCUUUUAUCGGCGAAUUCUGCGAUGACGUUUCCUUUCCAUCGUUACGUUUCCAUGGCUAUCGUAAUUUACAGCACUCGUAACAGCAAGAACACUGCUUGAA